UCUCCUUCCUUGUCGCGCAUACCUUACGCCAUCCGAAGGAUUCCGAUUCCCCAGAAGCAAAUCGUCGGCACGAUGUCGGGCACCGAGGACGGGGAGGCGCCGCCGCCGCCGCAGCCGGAGAAGAAGCACGUCCAGUCGCCGCCGCCGUCCGCCCCGCCGGCCCCGGACGUCGAGAGCCGGGGGGCGGCUGCGGCGGCUCCGGCGGCGGCGGGCGGGGGGUCGGGGAUGGGGGUCUCGGCGAUCGUGAGGCGGUGGAGGAGGGACGAUCUGAUCCGGAAGGGGUCGCUGGUCCUCCGGGGCCUGGCCUUGCUGUUCUCGCUGCUCGCGUUCAUCAUCAUGGCGAGCAACAAGCACGGCGGGUGGAAGGACUUCGACAACUACGAGGAAUUCAGGUAUCUAUUGGCGAUAUCGAUCCUGGCGACGCUUUAUACGGGAGUGCAGGCGUUGCGGCACGUCCACCGGAUUUCUACCGGGCAGCUGCUGGUUCAGCGCCAGACGUCGGCCCUGAUCGACUUCGCCGGCGAUCAGGUUGUGGCAUACCUCCUGAUAUCAGCAGCAUCUACGGCAGUGCCCAUGACCAACAGGAUGAGAGACAAUGUGGAUAAUCUGUUUACAGACUGCUUAGCAGCUUCGAUAAGCAUGGCCUUCUUUGCCUUCCUCACGUUGGCUUUCUCCGCACUUAUUGCCGGAUACAAACUCUCGACCCAAUCCUACAUUUAGUUUACAUGUCCAUCGUUUGCAGUGUUGUUAUACCUUCAUUCUUUGUAUGCAUGGGGUUUGAUUAUAUCUUGUAAAUUGAUGAUUUCAUAAAGAAAGUGCUGUAUUUCGGCUUGCCUCUUUAUUCUAGUUUUGGGUGUUUCUCUAGGUAAAAAUGUACGAUGAAGAAAGGAUAAAAGUUGGUCACUCUCUCUCUCUCUC